CUUCUCUACAGUGAACUUCCAUAUAAUGAAGCUCUCCUUAUAAUGAACUGGUUUCGAAGACACUGCUUUUUCGUUCUACUUUCGGUGUAUUUUUGUCUCCUUAUAAUGAAUUUCUAUAUAGUGAAGUUUUCUAUAUAAUGAACAAAUUUUACAGCUGGAAAUUCAAGCGUCCUAAGUUUUUGUCUCCAUAUAGUGAAUUUUUUCAAAAGUUUUCUGUUGCAAAAAAUUACAGUUAGAUGUGGAAAUUAAAACAGAAAGAGCUGAGCUAUUACAGUUUUAUUCAGUGAUUGAAGUUAAAAUGAUGCAUCGAAGCAGCAUUUCGCUUGAAAAAAAGUUAUUAAUGAUUAACAAAGUUAAUGAAGGAAAGAAAAAAAAAAAGAUAUUGCCAAUGAAUUCGGAGUUCUUCCCAGCACUUUAUCAAAUAUUUUAAAAAAUAAGGAAGUGAUUUUAAGAAAUGCGGAGGAUUUGGCAGUAAAUACCAAACGCAAAAGACUUCGACCUUGUCAUUUUGAGGAUAUUGACGAAGCAAUGCUGAAAUGGUUACUCGUUGCAGGUGGUAAGAAUCUCCCUUUAUCUGGACCAUUAUUGAAGCAAAAGGCCAAAGAUUUUGCGGAAGCACUAGGACACCACGAAUUUGAGGCAAGUACAGGUUGGUUAGACAAGUUCAAAAGUCGGCAUGGCGUUAUUCAAAAGACAUUAUGUGGGGAAAGUGCUGACACCAACAUAGAAAACCGUGAUGAAUGGGUGACGAACGUCUUACCGAAAUUAAUUGAAAAUUACAACAUUAACGACAUUUUUAACGCCGACGAGACUGCUUUGUUUUUCAAAUGCUUGCCAACUAAAACACUGGCAUUCAAAAAUGAAAAAUGCUUUGGUGGGAAGCAAAGCAAGGAGAGAAUAACUGUCCUGGUGGGAAGCAAUAUGACUGGAUCAGAAAAGCUAAAAUUGCUGGUAAUCGGAAAGGCCAAAAAUCCGAGGUACUUCAAGGGAAUAAAAUCUUUAGGUGUCGAUUAUGAGUUUAACAAAAAAGCAUGGAUGACCAGUGAGAUUUUUACGAAAUGGAUUGUAAAACUCGACAAAAAAUUUUGUGAUCAAAACAGAAAGGUGUUGUUUUUUGUUGAUAACUGCACUGCCCACCCUAAAGAUGUAAGAGACAAGUUGAGAAACAUUCAUCUCGCUUAUUUUCCUCCCAACAUGACUUCGUUACUGCAACCAAUGGGCCAAGGCAUUAUCUACAACAUGAAACAACAUUACAGAAAACGAAUUUUAACGAAUAUAUUGACUCAAGUGGAUGAGGGAAAUUCUGUUAUGGCCAUAGACUUGCUGCAAGCAGUUCGAAAUCUUAGCAAUAUAUGGAAUGUCUAUGUUAAACCAGAAACAGUUGCCAACUGUUUUAAAAAGGCUGGAUUUUCAAAAGAUGUUAUGCAGAUUCCAUUUGAGCAUUGGGAUGAAGAGGACCUUCUUUUAAUAUCGGAUUAGGCCGCUUUACAGUCUUCAUUUAAAAAAGUAGCAAAUAUCGAAGCAUCGUUUGAUGACUACGUAAAUGUUGAUAAUGGUGUGCAGACUUCGGACAACCCAUCCGAAGAAGAUAUUCUCAACAGCAUUUUUGAAAGUCGCGGAGUUCCAGCUGAACCUGAUAACGAUGAACACGAUUUGACCGUUGAAGAAUUGGCAGAAACUGAG